CCACGUCCGACACUACACGAACGUUUUCGGCCGCAGCCUAUACAAAAACGGUAUAGUAAUAUCAAUUCGCGAGUUUUUUUUUCGUCUCUCCGUCCACGAUGUCUUUGAUUUUCGACAAAAAAUACAAGCUGGAGAGCAGCGACAAAUUCGACGAAUACAUGAAAGCCAUAGGUAAGUCCGCGUGCCGUUGUCGACAUAAUCGACUGCGCGAUUGACGUUGACGAUGUAAAUCGGUUCCGAGACGACGCGACGGUUUUGGUCGACAGUACGACUGUUCAAAAUCGGUCGGAUAGUCGUUCGAUUAUUCGAUCCGGUCCGUGCAAAAAUGUUCGAUUGAAUUCCGUUUUGAGAAAAUUAAAAAAAAAAAACCCCGACCAGUUGUUUGAGUAUAAAAGGCCGGUUUCUGGCCCAAUAGGUGUCAAACACGAGAUCGCAACUCGUAGGGUCCGUUUCUGUACAAAACGACGCAUAAACGCCUCCCGAAGGAUUCAAAAUCCGUCGUUGAAGCCAAAAAUCUAGGGUACCUUUUUGCACGCAUCGAUUCAAUUAAUAAUUAUUAUUAUCGUACCUACACCGGGUAAUAUUCUCUAUACUACGGUACAGAAAUCGUUUUUAAACGAAAUAUUAUUAGGUAUCGCGUAUGGUUUCGGUACGUCGAUUAAAAUUACGAAACGAAAUUAAUUUUAAUCGCGACCGACUAAAGCGUCGUUACGAUAGCGCGACAUACUAUUGAAUUUUGGCGAACCUUGUUGUCGGCGUCGUUUUAAUUUUUAACCGACAUAUUAUUAUAAUCGUUUUUGAAAUGUCGCGGGAAAAUUAAAAUCACGACAAAAAAAAACCCCGACCACACGACACGGAUGAAAGAUAAAUUGUCUCCGAGUCUUAUAAUUCGAGUUAAUUAAAACUAACGGCACCGAAAUCGUCCCUGUUGAAUAAUAUGUCGCGCGGUUGUGAGACACAGACGGCACAUCCGGGUAUUUUAAUCUUAACAAUUGACAUUAAGGUUAGAUUUCAAUUUAUUCGAUCUGUUUAAUACGUUACAAUGAGGGCCGCAGAAAGAAAUUAAGGGACAAAACAAUCCCACCCAAUGUCGAAUAUUAAACUUACCGCUUAAACAUUUGACUUCGUUCGUUAAAACGUGUGUAACGAAAAUAAGGUUAGGUUCACCAUUCAAGGAAGGCCAACCAUUAGUUGAGGUACGAGAUAGUCAAAAGAAAAAUCACGAUAUUGUUACUGACACGUAUAAUACGGUACAAAGUUAUCAUUAUAUUUUUAACAUAACGCAUUUUAUUGAUUUUUUAAGUAAAAUAUUAUGAAAUUAAAGUACAAACAGUUUUUAUGUUGCAUGUGAAAAUUAUGUAAAAUAUAGAACCCGGUUGCUUUGAUCGGGCCCGGGCUCUUUUUGAGGCCCCAGCCCUAGGGAUACAGCCCCGGCUACCCCUCCAUCUGAUUACUAUAUAAUCGGUUUCGAGUCCGCGGUUUUAGUUGAAAAUUUAAAAUCGAUCGAACAUUUCAAUAAUAAACAUAGGUAUUCGACGUACCAUCUGUCUGUAUAUUAUUAUCGUACAUGAUACUUCUACUAUACAUUGUAUAGAAAUUGUUUUCAAACAAGAUAUUAUUUAUAAUCGUAUUCUUUCGGCAUAUUGAAAAUAUAAUUAAUUUUAAUCGUUUUAAUCGUGUUCAAUAUCGAUGCACCGUUUAAUAAUUCGUUUAAACAUUAAAUUAACGCGCACCCGAGUAUUUUCCUAUAGUAUUACAUCAAGUCAACAAGAAUAAAAUUAUAGUCGAUUUAUCUUUGACACUAUCGAUUUUCAUAAAUGUCCGAAAAGUAUUAUAUCACGGGCCGACGUUGUUUAAUAAAUUCAAUAAUUUAGUUGAUACCCAAACAUGUAAACAGGGUGGUCCAUGGAGUCUGGAUCCCCCUCCAAAAAAUUUUAAGAUUUUCACCAAAAUAUCAGAUAUAGUACGUUGAUUUUCUAUCUAUUACGUUUAAAUUUUUUUUUUCCCCAGACAAUUAUUGAUAGUUGGUAAUACAUUUUAUGUUUGGACUCUCCCCCCCCUAAAAAAAUCUUGGCUACGCGCCUGUUGAUAUUUACUUUAUAAAGGUUGGGUAUAAAAUCAACGACUGUAACAAUAUUAUUAUAUUUUAGCGUCGGAACGGUCAUGACAUUGACUCGUCUCACUAUCUAAACGCGUUUGUCGUCAGAAUAAUUAUGUAAUUAUGAAACUAUAUAAACAGUGGUGAUUUGAUAAUUUGAUGUGCACGUUACAGCUAAUAUUUAAAAAUAGAUAACGUCAAAUUUCCGUUCGGUAGAAACGAUUUUGUGCUGUUAGUUUUAAUGUUAGAGCGAAUUGGCCAGUUAUCAAAUUUAGAGACGCGAACAUUUUCCGUGUUUGUAUGUCGGUUUUUUCCAAUAUUUUAAUUUUUCGGCGAAAUAGAACGAUUUUUAAAUUGUAAUACUUCACGUUCUCGUAUCUCGUUAGAAAAUCAGAAUAUCGAAAAAAAAAAUCAAUCUACAAACCACAGACAAUAUUCUCGCCUUUAAGUCUGAUAACAGGCCAACCCACUCUAAUUUUGAAACUAACAGCGAAAAAUCGAAUUUACCGAACGAAAAGUCGACACUAUCCGAUUUUCAAAGUUAGCCGUAACAUAUACUAAUACAUUAUAUAAGAACUUAAUUAUAAUAUUAUAGUAUCUGUACUAAAUUUCACAAAGAUUCCGUAUUAUUUCUCUCGCCAGAGAUUCGUUUCGAAAUUAUUAUUGUAAUUCUGCGCGUGUUCGGGCGACGACGACGAUAUAGACAAGAGAGAGAAAAAAAGUUUCGAUUUACGUUUCAUCGUAAAUGCAAAUUGAAAACUGAAUAAAUAAAAUUAUUACGAGCAGUCUCGAACGCGAGUUGUUCAUCGGGUUUUAAUUCAAUUGUAUCCGCGCAGGCAGCCGUUUUCUAUACGAAUUUGUAUACACAAUUUCUAAAUCGAUUUUCUUUCGUAUAAUUUUUUACACGAAAGAAAGUGUAUAAAAACGUUAUUCUAUUAUAUGAUGGCACCUAUAAUAUUAUAUAAUUUACGAUGACUCGCUAUUAUUAUAAUAUAUUUAACGAUUUAUAAAUCACGUUUGUAAAAUUUAAUUAGAUAGGUACACAUCGCGUGAAAAACGAUUAUCAUAUUGACUUUGCACAGAAUCAGUGGCGUGUUUAACGAGCGGGGAGAGAUUCGGAGAUAUAUCUUCUCCCUUGACCUUUUUUUUUUUAGUAUCUAUUAUUAUUUAUACGACCAUCUAUUGCAGUUAACUUCAAAUGUCUAUAGUUUUUAGUCGGGAAAAUCAACGACUUGAUGGACUAAUUUUUUUUAAAAAAAAACGUUAUUAUAACGUGUAUAAAUCUUCGUCAAUGUGUACAUGAUAUCGAAUCGUUUUGAACGGUUAAUCGAUUCGUUUCCGUAUCGUUUAUUCACAAUCGUUUGGAAACGAUUUAUUAAAAAACUGUUAAAUUUUUUUUUUUCAUCGAUAGUCAUCUGUAGCUAUACCAUAUAAUAAUAAUAUAAUAUAACGCUUUCCGCGUAUCGGACUAUGAGACCAUACGAUUAUUCUAAUGUUUACGGUGGUAUAGGUAACCUGUAGUUGAAUCUGUAGUGCACUGUGCUACUUACUCUAAUUAUAAUACACGCAUAGGUACCCCGGUGUACAUAACGUAUGGUAUAUUAUUAAAAAACGGUAUAAAAAAAUAUGAUAUAAUAAUUUAUCGUUACGGUUUAUACGGCUGCGGAAGCUUUUGACUAGAGCAACGAGAGCAUAGUCUAAAUUCCGUUUAACAAUAAUAAUAAUAAAAUUUCCUAUAUUAUCAUAGACCCAGCAUAGUAAGAGUAUAUAGUAAAUAUAAUAUAUAGUUCAAAUAAUGUGAAAUUUAAAAAUAACAUUUUUAUCUGUUUUAUAAGUACAAAAUUCACUAAACUAUAAUAUUAUAAUCGUUGUAUUUGACUUUAGACAUUAAAUAGACUGACCCGACUCAAGCACGGAUUAAGACGAGGUUCUCGUUGAAAGACUAAUGAUAUAGAUUUUUUUUAAAAUCUUUACUAAUCAAUAUGUUUUAAAAAAAAAAAAAUAAUAAAUAGCAUGGACAUCGUAUUAUUAUAGAUCUCGAUUCAAAAGCCAUAAGUAUUAUUUCAAUUAUUAAAUAUAUUAUUUUUAACAAAGUUACUACAGUGGUUUCGAUAGGCAACGAAAAAAAUAUUAAAAUAUCAAACUAUACAAAGUUAACGGUUAAAUGUAUGUAUAAAGAACAUACUGUGGCAAAAUCUGAGGCCUUGGGAAUCUGGUGGCUUGGGGGUCGUGGCCCUCCCUGGACCCCCUCUUAAUCCGGGCUUGCGAUAGGUGCAAAUUCAGUACGACGAAUUUCGCGCCGCAAGUUUCAUCAAUAUAGUCAGUUCGGUCUUAUUUUCAUCUCGUCUAAAAAACAGUAGAAGUAAAUCACGUCGGUUUUUUUUUUUAAUAGUUUGUACUCCGCAAAUAUUCCCAAUGCUUUUGGCAAAAUAUUCGGAAUACUAUGGAAAAUACCAUUGCUGCAUAAAAUAUAGUAAUAAUCGAACAUACGUGUUCGGAACACUGUUAAAAAGUGUUUUACCCGAGUCCGAAGUUAAUAUAAUAAUAACAGAAAUCCCAAUGAAAAAAAAAAUAUAAAUACGAAAAGGAAAAAAAAAUAUGCGGUCGCGUUCUCAUAGACUGUCGUCGGUAUACUAUUUUGCUCUCACUACUAUCGUAUUUUCUAAUAGUUUUACCCGAUUUCGUUUUUCGUUCUUUCGCGUGUACAUUUAUUUUUUUUCGAAACUCGUUAUUUUUCGUUAUUAAUCACGGUCACCAAAAUAUCUAUAAACCAGAUACCUAUAUACCUAUGAUAUGAACGCCGAUUUUACUUUCUACUUUCCGAAAUCGUCGGAACAUUGACAUUUAUAAUUGAUGUACGCGUAAAAACUAAUACAGUAAUUGUCAAACUGUUAAAAAGACGAUUUUCUUUAAUAGCUACCUAAAAAUAUAAUAGCAUUUUUCGAAAUUGCCCAAUAUCACGUUCGGCCUUAUACAUAUAUACACGUGUAUAAUUAAACGCCGGACACCGCACCGACUUACAAACGCAAGACGUGGCGAAUUUGGCAUUCAGUAGGACAAAUUGUGUGCCGUUAGUUUCGACAUUAUAGCGAAUUGACCCGGUAACGAAUUUAAAGGUAAGCACAUUAUUGUGACAAAAUACGUGCCCUUAAGUCGGUAUUUUUUUUCGAUAUUUUGAUUUCCGGGAGAGUUCGUGCAGGAAAUCACGCAAUUUAAAAAUGAUUAUAUACGUAUUAAAAAUGAAUAAAUCCGAAAAACAAUGAAUUAUAGAGGGACAGAUAAUAUUCUCGCCAUUAAUUUUAAUGAUUGCGGGUCAAUUCGCUCCGAUAUCAAAACACCUAUUUUUUUUCCCGCUGAAUGCAAAUUUACUAGGUAUACAAAGUAAUUUCUUUUAAAAUAAAAUUGUACAUACAAAGUUAUUAAACGUCAAUCGUUUGUGUAUAGUGUUGAAAAUGUGUACUCAAUAAGUUAGUGUCGUCAGAGGAGAGAAGGGGAAUUUUAAACCUUUCCCGCAUUUUUACUAUUUUCACGUUUUCAAGUUGUAGGUUUUUCGCGCGAUAAAUCUCUAGCCCGGCUAGUUACAAAUUGAAUUAUUUUUUCUCGAUACCUAUAUUAGUUUUGCGUACGAGAAUAAUAAUAUUUGUGUACAAUUGCAUAAGACGUUUACAUUAUUAUUUUAAAUACCUGGGCGCUUAAUUAUUGUAUAAUAUUCGAUAUUAUUACGACGGAACACAAUCAAUAGAAAAUCAGUAUAAGAUAUUAGACAACAAACGGACGUACAUUUACGUAAACAAUAUUUUAAAUUGGUCAGAUAUUAUUGGACGUUUACUUCGUCGAUAUAAUGAGCGUAUAUUUAUUACUUAAUUAUUGUAUACGAAUCGCGAUCGACCGAUAUAAAAUAAUAAAAUAUAAGUAAUGCGAAUAACUAUGAAUAAUAGUAAAUUAAAUAAAUUUAAAUUUGAAUUCCCUGACAUCUAUAUUUUACCACUUUUAAAUAUUGAAUUCAUUUUGUAUGGACUUUGUAUUCAUCAUAAUAAGCAUUUAUAAUAUGUUGAAUUCUAUUUAAGUCUUUUUUGCCAUUUUUUUUUUUUUUUUUGUUCUCCCAUUAUUAAUCGAUUAUGUAAUCAACCUUGUCUCCAUUUGAGUUUCUUUUACUACUUGAAUGACAACGUGUAUUGGGAGAUGAGCACUAUGAAAUUGUCCGUAAUAAGUUCUAUGAAAGCUUUCGGGUCCAUUUGCAGUAAUAAAAAUUAAUAAAUAAACGUAGAUAAUAAAAGCAUAAUGUCUAUAGAAAUACGCAAAAUUGAAAGUAUUUAUACAUUUUUUUUCUAUUUCAUUCGUGUAAUCGUGUGGUAUAUAUUGGUAUGAAAAUUGGCAAUAAUACGCUCAAGAGAACGUUAUACCCCCAUCCAGUGUUGCGUAAAGAUGACUAAAAAUGUAUCUAAAUAAAGAUAAAAGAUAAUUAGAUACUAAUUAUAAAGAUAGGGAUAAAUGAUAAUUAAAAUCUAAAUUAUCUAGAUAAAGAUAAAACACUAUUUAUCUGGAUAAAAAAAAAGAUAAAAUUGUUUUAAUUUUAUUAAUUAAUAUAAUUUUUUUUUUGUCAAUUUCUGCUUAAAAAAUAAAAUAAACUUAACUUUGAUCUAAUAACUAAUAGGUAUAUAAUAUUCAAUAAUUAUAAUCAUUUAGAAUAUAUUAUUUCAUUCAAAUUUUAAGAUUAAUUUUAAUUGUUAUUAUUAAUUGAUAACUAUUUUAUAUUUAUUUACUUUAGUCAGUAAAUAAUACUAGCCAUAUUCUAAUGUUUAUUUUUGAAGGUUGGGUACAAUGUAUAGGUUUUUUUAUCAUUUAUGAUAUUAAAUUGAACUUACUUAUUAAUUUGAUAGUUAUAAAAUAAAUCUAUAAGCAGUUAACUCCGUUUAGACCAACCUAUUAGAUCAUAGCCUGUAGAUAUCGCCAUAUCGGCCAGGAUAUAGAAUUUAGAAAUAACAUAAAUAAGCGACCCGAAUAAUAUAAUUACCUAUUACUUUAAAUUUUUUAUUUUGUUCCGUAUUUGUACAAGGAUGGUUUACUAAUGAGACAUGUGUUUUUAUGUUUCAAGUUCAAUAUAUUCAUUUAUCUAGAUAAAUUGCGUUAGAUAACUCAAUUAUUUAUCCAAGAUAAUUCAUCAGAUAACUAAUUUUGUUUAUUAUCUAGAUAAGAUAAAAGAUAAUUAAUUAUUUAUCUGGUAAUUUAUUUAGACAAUUUAUCUAAAUAAUGCUCAACACUGCCCGUAUCUACUGUCUCAAUCCAACUACCGGUUAACGCAUACAUAAACAAUGCUUACGCAGGAUGAACAAAAAUAGCUUAAUUUUGAUUUUAGAGUAAAAGUACCGAGUAUGAAAUUUAUAGAGAACAAUAUUUUGGAGGGAACGAUAUCGAUGUUUUUUGAAUUAUGAACUAUUAAAAAAGUUACAGUUAUUUAAAAAAGCAAAAAAAAAAAUAAAAGUUUUCGUAGCUUUUAUAUUGAGCUGUAUAUUUUGAAUAAUACUAAAACCCCGCGUGAUUUCCUCCAAAAUAUUGUUCUCUAUAAAUUUCGUAAUCGCUACUUUUACUCUAAAAAUCAAAAUUAAGCUAGUUUUAUUAAUUUUGUGUAAUCAUUGUUUAUGUAUGUUACCCGGUAGUUGGGCUGAGGCAGUAGAUGCGUGUAUAACGUCCUCUUAAUACUUCGUACGCAAUCGUGUAGCUUAAAAAAGUAUCACCUUUAACGAAUGUACGCAAUCGUGUUUUACCUGACCCGCGCGCUGUACAUCAUUUAUUUAUUUGAUUUUUUUUAUAGAUAACGUGAAUGGAGUCCGGAAAUAUUUUAUAGAGUUCGAGCCAGAUAGGUUUUAAACGCGAUAUUAAUUAUAAUAUUAUAGGUAGGGCUCAUCGCGAGAUGGCUCGAGAAGGGCCGAAAACUUCCGAGCUUCUCCUACUGUUUACGUAUAUGUAAUAUAAUGAAACGGGGAGGGAGAAAUCAUGUAUUAAUAUACGAGCGUCAUAUUAUAACACACAUUGUAGUCGUUUUGUAUAAUAUUACGUUAUUUUGUUUUUAUACCACUACAGGCAGAGGCCCAAAAACAUAAAGUGAUGGCAUAAUAUGAUAAUAUUAGAAACAACAGGGAAUAAUAACAACAAUAAAAGACCCAGUUGAUAAACAGUCUAUGGGUGGGUACCUGGUUAAAAGCGCAAGAGCAAUGACUCUUACCAAGACGCAUAAUACGAUAGAGCUGGGAGUUCAGUGUAUACAGUUAUAGAAGAGGAAAAGGGAAUAACACAGGGACAAGUAGAUCUAGUAUUACGAGGGUACACUUUAAAAUUGAUUUCUGAAAGGAGUGUAGUAGGACAGUCGAUUGAAUCCGACAGAAAUUUAGAGAGAAAUGAUAACAUAUUCGCAGAGCGCCUACGAUCACAAUCGCGUGGAGGAUAAGGAACCUUUGAAGAAUAAACAGCAAAUGACGGGAAUUUCCGUUAUAUAUUCUUAAUCGUAAAAAUUGAUGACAUAAUUACGGACACAAACGUAUACGUUUAUACAAUACGUAUACGCCCUGCGAACGAAAGCACGUUGGACUCGCGGUUCGGGGUCACGUUAUAAUGUUCCCGUUUAGUAUACACAAACGAUUAUUUGCGAUAAUUGAACGUUAUAAUAUUUUGUUUACUACGUUACGAAAAACCUACGAGGUAAGUUAUAAGUUUGAUAAUAAUUAUUAUUCCUCAUUAUAUAUAAUGAUAUACCGUAAACAUUUAAUUAUAAUAUUAAUGAGUUUUAAAACGUCGCUCGUGACAUUCUGUACGGCACAGCUAAUUUAAAUGACUUGACAGACGAUUAUAAAAACGGUUUUAGAUUCACGAAUCAUGAGCAUCUACGGAAAAGCUGUAUUCUCAUUUUAAGAGACGCGUUUUCUCUCUCUCUCUCUCUCUCUUUCUUUUUCUCUAUCUCAUCUUACGGAAAUGCCGGAAAUACCAAUCUCUUGAGUAAGGGGUAUAGAAUGUUUUUUUUUUUUUUACAAUGAACGCUUUAUAGUAUUAAUAUUAUAUUCUGUUUUAGUUUGUUUUAUUAUAAUAAUAUAAAUUCGAAUUUUUUUUUUUGUAGUACAAAUCGUUGAUUUGGCUCUACUAUCUCAUUUGUUCUGUGGGCUAGACAGCAAAGGCAAAGCUAAUUAAUACUAAUACGUAAUUAUAUAUAUUGUCUCACGAACCUAUUGUAAUAUUUCCGAAAAUAAUGAAGACAAUUAAAUUAUAUUUUUUUCUAUUACUCGCAGAGAUAAGGAUUACAAAUAUUUACAUUUUAAUUCAUUAUUUGUGUCUUUGUAAAAAACUUGAAAAAAUAACUUUUUAUUUUAUUAUUUUUCAAAAAUGUGAAGAUAGCUAUUUAAUAGAGUUUAUUAUACGUUUGAAAAUGUUAACGUAUCAACUUUUUAUUUUCAUUAAAUUUCUGAUUUGUAAUAAUUUUUUAAAGUUCCGAGAUAAAAGUGUACAGUCAUUAUUGGCUAUGAAAAUAAUGAUCAACUAGCGAAUGCGUUUACAACCUGCUGUAUAAUUUUAUUGAAAAUAAAAAGUUGAUACGUCAAAAUUUUCAGAAUAAUAAUAAUAAACUCUAUGAAAUAGCUAUCUUCACGUUUUUCGAAAAUAAUAAAAUAAAAAGUUAUUUUUACCGAAACAUAAAAAAUGAACUGAAAUAUAAAUAUUUGUAGUCCUUAUCCCUGUGAAAAGUAUCAAACAAACAGAAUUUUAUUAUCUUUUUACUAUCUCCGGAGAUAUAUUACAAUGGGCGUAUUAUCUUGGUGGGACGCUCUGUAGAGAGCAGAGCUUUUGGUCUAUAAUGUUAUCAAUCACGAAACAUACAAAUUCUCCAAUCUCCCCCUGCCCGUAAACGCGCGACCGGGCGGAUAUUUAUCGCGCGCGUUAUUUACGGCCCACGACCGCGGCAUUAUCGUAUAGAUGCGGUGCCAUUGUGUACGCGAUAAUAAUAAUAUUGUCGUUCGGGUUGAAACCGCACGGCCGCGACGCGGUAAUAAUAAUAACGUAAAUUUACUGCGCGGUAACAACGGGAGUAGAGCGCAUUAUGUAGUCGAAGAGAUAACGAAAAAAUUGUAAUAACGAUGUAAAAAAUAGUUGAAAUGUCGCGGAACAGGGGGCCGGCGGGCGAACAGAACGGGGGCCCCAUCCGCCGCCGCGGUACGUUCUCCAGCCGGUGUACCGCCGUCGCCGCCGUGUUGCGCGUCGCAUUUUACUCGAACCGGCCGUACGCACUACACCUACACCGUCACUGCACCGCCGCCGCCGCCGCCGACAACAAGUCGUUUACUGUUCCGUUCGAAUUCCGUAAUAAUACAUUCCAAAACCGCGCGGCCAUGGACGAUUUUCUGAACAAGAAAUACAAGCUCAGCUCCAGCGAAAACUUCGACCAGUACAUGAAAGCACUAGGUAAGGUUAGGUGAGCGGGAUGUACGGGGGUCCGAAAUCGUAAUCCCCGCCUGCUUGAAUUCGGGCGAUUUGUUUUCGGUUAGCAUUUACUACGUAUUAUAUAUUGUAAUAUUUAAUUCGAGACCGCUGUACGGAUCUACCGGAAUCGUAAAGCGCAGUGGAGGAGGGUAGGUUAGGAGUUAUACUCCCCCCCCCCCGUGUUGGCUUAAAACCACAAACGAUUAUUAGUAAUUAAAUAUCGAAACGCGUGUAACGCUUCGACCGAGUCACGAGGGAAAGCCCGACGUAUUGAUUAUAAAUUGGCAUUUAUUUUUUCUUAAGUCUAUUUGCCCGGUAGAGAAGACGAUUUUACGGUUUAUUCGCUACGUCCCCUGCCCCGAUAAAAAUUCCCGGGCACGCCACUGAUGAAGCGUGCGUUUUUAUGAAACCCUACGUUCCUAGAACAUACGCGCAUUCACCUGUGGAUGAAGUCGGCCCGCGCCUACGGCCCAAAAACCCGACCCAACAUUGAGCGCUCACGUAUAUUUUUCGGGGGGGGGGUUCAAACAAAGACAGCGGCUAUUGGGUCCCGACAUUUCUGAGAGGGGCUGUAAAUUCCCGGCGUAACUCUGCCCUCCCCUCCCCGAUCCUCGCACCCGCCUCUGUAUACGCAGUUUACGCGAAACUUCAAUUCGCGUCGAGUGUACAAUCCGAAUUGACCGCCCAGCUCUAAAAGUCACGGGCGUACCGGUCGCAACAACCGAACGGAGCCUAGGUACGCGAUAUUUGUGUUAAUCUUAUGGGAUUUUUGUGGUUUUUUUUUUGUUUUUGUCGCGGUUCGCUUUUUGACUCAGCCGUCAAAACGUUUCGUUUGCCGUACGCGUGAUAUUUCGCCGACGACCCCGGCGACCGAAUACACGGUAAAAGCGUUUUUUUUUUUUUUCAACAAUAUCCGUUUGCUGAUUCCCGCGCGGGUUGUCGAAAUUCGCGGUCGGUUAUCGGACGGCAUCGCCGCGGUAGACGAUAUCGUCGAAAACGGUUUAUUCGCCACGAACUAGAUCGCUCGAAAUCGCACACCGCCACCGUAAUGUUAUUGUACCGAGAUCGUAUUCGUUUUAUACCACUCAGCCAACCGCGCGCCGCGUUAUGGACAACCGCGACUUCGGUAUUUUCGUGAACCGGAAUCCGGUCUCAUUCCGAAACGAUAAUCUCGACCGAACAUUUGAAAUAGCAUACGAAAAACCGCGAGAAAAAACUGAAUAACCGAGGGUCGCAACAACCGCAAGACGAGUUCGUUUGACGCUGUAUGACGGGACUUGCGGUCCACUCUUCGUCCAGAACUUACCGAGUGCUUAUCGUUAUUUUUUUCACCCUCGGGCCGACGGACCUUUGUCUUUUUCAUCCGAAGUCUCGUCGAUUUUUCGUUUGGAAAAAAAAAAGAAAAAAAAAAAGGAGUCUGCGAAUUCGCAAUGCUCGUACGCCUCGCGCUGUGCAACGAAUAACGGGUGUAGGAUCUCUCUCGGCCGCCGCGAUACCGACGAAAUGAUUUCGCUUCCGUACGCUCUCACAAUGAUAACGAUACGCAAAAAUAAUAUUGUUAUCUAUCGUAUUACUUUAAUACCUAUCGCCGCGUACGUUCGCGUCGUCGUCACGUUUCGGGCGCGCUCUUUUUAACGAUUUAGCCGGCCCGCCCGCUCAUCCGCCGGGUCAUCGUACGAACCUACGCCCCGUAUACCGAAACGCCCCCCCCCCCCGAGAGCCCCGCCGCCGCCGCCGCCAAGUGGGUCACUCGCACACGCGCUCUCGGCGAAUCUCGAUCCGCGCGUUCGGCUGUACGUGAAUAUUGUACCUACGUACUUACCUCGACGAGACGACCGGUUUUUUCGCCGUUUUUCGAUUUGCAUAUCGGGUAUACAUUUCGUACGGCGCGAUAAUAUUUUCGGGGAUUGAAACAACGCCAGCAGAGUUUUCCCGGGAAAUUUCCGUUAUUGUCGGCCUGGAGCCCCAAAUUAUUUUCGGGGGUUAGGUACCCGGUCGGGUCCGGUCGGUAGGCGUGCGCCGGCGACUUUAUCCACAGGUGAAUAUGCGAACGUUAUAUAGGAACGUAGGGCUUCAUAGAAAUGCACACUUUAUCAGUGACGUGCCCGGGAAUUUCCAUCGGGAGCAAGGGACGUAGCGAACGAAUCGUAAAAUCGACUUCUGUACCCUGCAACUAGACUAAAAAAAUAAAAGCCGAUUUCUAAUCUAUACUUCGAGUUUUUCCUCGUAACUCGGUCGAAAUAUUAUGAGCGUUUCGAUAUUAAAUUACUAAUAUUUUUUUUAUUUUUAAACCAAUGGGGGGGAGGUAUAACCCCUUACCUCUACCCUCCUUUGCGCUUUACGAUUUCGUUCAUCAAAUACUCGGUCGCAUUGAAAUAGUCUUCAAAUGAAAAUACCAUAAUAGAUUAGAAGUAAAUAAGUACAAGCGUUCACGACAGCUGUUAACGCACUCAAGCGUCUACUGCCGAGCGUCUAAAUCAAGUGUUUGUAACAUUCGAGUCCAAAGAAAAUGGCGAUAUCAUAAUAUAUAAGUACUAUAAUAAUUUUAUAUUAAAUACAAAUAACUUUAAACUUGACUUUCUCAAAAUCAACAAAAUGUCAUUUAUACCCUUUGUGUACUAGGCGACUCAAAUCAUAAUGUCUGAUUGAUGCAUAAAGAUAAUAAUAUUUCACAUUAUCUUAUCUAAAAGUAUAAAAUCCACGAGAUUUAGACGUUAAGCGAUAGUAUAUUGAUGUGAUGUUAUCGAUUAUCGUUAUUCAUCGGACAGUUUCCAAUACUCUUUCGAGCCUUAAGGUAGGGAAGAAAUCCGUUUUUACAAAUUAGGAAAUUUUCCAUCCAUUUCGGGAAAUUUUAAAUGUAACCAAAUUUCCCCAAAUUUUUUUUCCUCGGAAAUAUUGAUCCUUAUAGUAAUAUUUAUACUAUAUAGUGGCGUAAUAGGGAUUUUGCCUAGAAUGGAGAUAAUGAAUUUUGGAAAUUGUGUCUUAUUGUGUAACGUGUACACUGCAAGUUAAUAAGAAAAAAAGUUUUUAAUUUAUUUAUUCUCGUUAGAAAUUUAUACUUUGAUCUACCCUAAAACUGCUAUUGAAAUCGAUUGACAUAUCCAAUUGUAUUUAGGUAAUUAUUUACCUACUUUAAUUACUAUUCGGGUAAUACUAAUCUAACUUUCUUCGUAUUACAGUGGUUCGGUAAUAGAUUUCGUUUUAAACAAGAAAAUGUAUACGUUAGGGUUUUUUUGAUUUAUUAACUAAAAGUAUAGGCACUUGUGUCUAACACACUAGUUUUUUUUUCUGACUAAAAAAUAAAGUAUUUAAAUUUAAAAAAUCGACGGUCAUAUAAAUUAACAUUAAUGGAUACUGAAAAGAGGUCAGAGGAAGAGACAUAUCUCCCGAAUCUCUCACCGUAAAUACGUCACUUUAUACUUAUAAUAACGUACAAGUAUAUAAUGGCGUAUAUCCGAAUAAAUUGAACAUUUGUUUCGAGUAGAAUUUCUUCAUCCAGUCAAGUACUUUUCCGAAUCGAGGAUUUUCGCCAUACCGAUAAAAUUCUGCAAUUUCCGUUAUAAUAUACUACUUAUUAAGUAGGUACACCAAAUCUAGUCAUGUCGGCCAGUAAAAUUGUUUUCCAAUAAAGAACACCGCUAUUAGCACCACAGUGCUCGACUUGGGAGUACCAUUUUAACUGAUUUCUCAGAUGUUUUAGCGGCGUGCCGUCUAUACUAAUUUUUUUUUUAAGUGAAACGCAUAUGGGACGGAACACGUUAUUUAAUUUUUACCCGAAAUGCUAAUGCAUCGUUAAAACGUGAACGUUGAUCGCACACGAAAGAAAAACCACUAUACAUUAUUCACUAGUAUUUUUUUUUCUAUUUUUGAUUUUUUUUUUUAAUAUUCCAUUAUUCGAUUUACGUAAACAGGUACACAAAUGUAUACCUAUACGAACAUUCGUGUAAACGCAUAUGGGUACCUAUUACUCAUUAUCACAUUUAUUAUAUUCGACGAAACGAACGCGCGUUUUUUCUCGAUCGCGAGACGUGAAAUUAUAGUUAACACUCAAAAGUACAAAGUAUAAUAUAAUUUCGGAAAGAGUAAAAAUUUGUGACUCGACAUUUUAAGCAAUACUUGUGUGUAUUAUAUGAAUUAUUGUAUUCACGUAUUAACCGUUUGAUUCCGUAUAAUAGUUUACGAAUAAUAAUUUACAUAAUAAAACCAAACGUUAUCCUGCAAUCUUACAAAAGUUAAAAAAAUACGAAAAUUUGUUUGUACGGAUUGUUACGCGCUUCUCGGCCAAAAAAUUAACCGUUAACGUCGUAAGCUUUCUCGUAUUUCCUACGUUGUUUCCCAAUCAGAACCGAUUGAAAAACCAAAAACACAACUCUCUCACUAACAAACGAAUAUUAUUAUUAUCGGUAUCUGCGGGUUAUCUAGGCGACAGGAACGGUCGUUUUUCAAUUAUUUCUGUUGCCGCGAGAAACGCCACGGACGUGUACCAACUAAUCGUAUUGGAAUCGAUUGAAAAAUCUGUGCAGCAAAUCGGAGCGUGUAUAAGACCUAUACAAGCUUUUUGCAUGCCUACAUAGUAUAUACAAUAGCUGUAUACAAAGACAACACUUCCGUCGAAAGUCGUGGUGUUUUCUCCAUUUUAAACGCAUAUUUUCAAGACGACGAAUUUGAAUAUUCCGCCGUGACCCAGUGUUAUUAAUAUUUUUUUCCGAAUACACAUAUCAACGAACAUAAACCGUUAACCGAAAAACUGGUUCCGGUACAUAAUAUUAUACCAAGCUAGUAGAUUGUAGCUCGGUCUAAAUACUAUAUUAUUAUAACGGGCUCGUCACACGUUCGACUACGAUAAUGCACCGCGAUAAUAUCGUAAAAUAUUUGCAUCUCUACCCCGACAAAAACUACACUAAAAGUCGUUUACAUCGUAUACCAUAAUGUAGUAUGUAUACACGUGAGCACCUACAUUUUUCGCUAAGUUUAGUAGGUAUUAUGCAAUAUUGUAUACAUAUAUUAUAAUUGUCAGUGGUGGCUAGGUCCCAAAUGCCAAAUGUGCUCUACCAAAAAAUAAAAUGUGCAGCUGCCACCUCCUCGUUUAUGAUAAACGAGCCGCGAGGUUCCGCAGAUGUAAGAAAAAUAAUAUAUACAUUUUUUUUUUUUUUUUUAAUGUAUAGAGUGUAAUUAAUUUUCGAUUAGACACUCAUUAUCGCGGAAAGUAUUUACUUUCCAGGUAUUUUUUCAACUUGUCAAACAAAUAGCUUUAAAAUGUUACGUUACCGCUGUAUUUUGUUAUUUUUAUUUUCACGGGUAAAACAAUUAUUUUUUAUUUUUGAAUAGAAAUUCGACGAUGACGAAAUUUUGAAUUUCCGUCCACGUCGUAUGUGUAUACUAAACUCAAAUACACGUAUGUGCACUACGAAAAGUCUGGAAAAAUAGCCGCUGAUAAAUGUAUAGAUAUUCAAAAUAACUGACGUUUUAAAAUAUACUACACUAGAUUAAGCCGCGCGGUAUAAUCGUAAACGUAAAAUGUCUAAUGAAAAAAAUAUGGUGCAAUUUUUAUUUUCCGAUACGCGGUUCGUGCGCGUAUAUACACGUCGUUUAAACGUACCUAUACAGUUUCGAAAUAUAGAAACAUGAUAUCCGAAUCCGAAAAACUAGUUUCUUCUGUUAUAUAUUCAAUAUUUUAUAUACCGUUGUCGGAACCUAUCGCAACGAACGGAAAACGGGUCAUCGGCACUCGUCGCCCAUCGCUGGCGAAAUGCAUUUUUUAUUCACUGGGACGAAGAAAGCGUAUAGGUUUUCUACGUAUCAUAAUAAUAUUAUAUUAUAAACUAUAUAUAUAUAUAGUCAGUGCAGUCAUCGUUAUAUUACCGGUCAUUCGGUUUUUUUUUUUUUUUAAUUUCUAAGCGUAGCCGAGAAAGGUAUUUUUUUUUUUUACUGUGAUGUGCGCGAUUUUUUUAUCGCAUUAUCAUGACAAUAAACCUCCUUUCUUACGUCUUUCUCCGUCCAAAGUCCAGUGUAUUAUUGCGCUUUCGUCCAUGUCAGUGUCGUAAAUCUUUUUCUACAGCGUCUUUCCGUCUGCCGCAGAUUCUCGCCGGUCCACCGAAUGAUCUUGUUUAUUUUUCCCCGUCAGAACACUCUUUUAUACAUUCACUUCCGUUCUUCGUACACCACGCGUCCUAACCACUCCAAUCGUUUACAUCUUGUACAUGCGAGCAUACAACGCAUUGUAUAUUGGGUUUCCCGUGUAGGGCGUUUAGGCAACACAGCUUUUCAUCGCGUAUUUUUCCAUACAAUCCGAGGUCAUUGUUGUACACCCGUCCGUAUAUGUUUUUUUUUUUUUUUUUAAAUUUCCGUUCUCAUACAACAAGUACUUGCAUUGUCUUCUUUUGUCGUGGACCAAGUCUCACGCGCAUUGGUUACUAUUAGUCAAAAGUAUAGUUUGUGUAUAUAAACUAUAAAGUGACAAUAAUAAACCUAUAAACAGGUACUCGUGGCACAAUAAUACGGUGAGAACCGUUAUUUGUCCACGUUUCCAAUGUGUUGUUCAUAUUCGACUCGAUUUUGCAUUCGCUAUUUAUGCAUCUUCGAGCAUAUACGACACCUACUACAUUGAUUUUUAGUAUCUGCAGACACAAAUUACUAACAAGUAUUGCCAUUUUAUGUACUUGGAUACUAUCCUAACCCCAAGGGGUUUUCGUCACCACUAUUUAUUAUUGCAAACAAUUUAAUACUUUAGAAAAUACACCCAUUUACUCCUUUGGAUUUUAAAUGUUUUAAAUUCGCAUCCCCUCUCCCUUAGAACCGGGAUAUAUCCGUCACUGUUUGACGGAAUAAUUAUAUGUUCGUCCGUGGUUAUUGCAGGUCUCAGCCUUUUAGGCGGAACACAAACUCGUGGAACUGUGAAUACAUUUUCUUAAAUGUCGUUUGCAUUGUUAUUAAUUACAGGCGUUGGCAUGUUGACCCGUCAAUUGGGCAACACCGUGUCCCCGGUGGUGGAGCUGACCAAAUCCGACGACGGCAAGUACACGUUGUCUUCGAACUCGGCGUUCAAAAACACGUCCAUCACGUUCAAAUUGGGCGAGGAAUUCGACGAAGUGACGCCGGACGGCCGCAAAGUCAAGUCGACCGUCACGCAAGAAGGCAACAAGCUGUUGCACACCCAAAAGUCCGACAAACUCGUCACCACCAUUCUCAGAGAAUUCGAGCCGGACCAAUUGAAAAUGGUAAACAAAAACCUGUUAUCAUAUACGAUUACGUUGGUAAGAGGUGGUUUUGGAUGUUUAAACUCCCGUCCCGUUUCGAAACGAACACACGGGAGAUCGAUAUUUUUCUUUUCCACUUUGAGAGUCACUCCGAUUACGCGGAUAGUCAGAAUCCCUCCAAAAAAAAGAAAUUAAUAACAAUAAUCCAUACCUACGUGUCUGUAACGUUAUAGUUUUAUAAAUAAAUCCCCCGACCUCGCGAAAUGUAUAAUGUUGACGGAUAUAUUAUACCGAGGUACCUAUACGAUAAAAUGUCGACGCGUUAUCGUAGAAAAAAAAAAAAUUGCUCGUUGUUAUUAUAAUUACAUUUUUUAUUGGCGUGAAUAUUAUUACCUAUUAUAUUACACUAUCGACCGCGCACGCAUACGUUUACGUUAACGUUAUAGGCAUGCUAAUAAUUGGCCAAUAUCAAUAUAGGACAUAGGUAUAUAUAGAUACGCGUCGCAGAGCGUUCCGGUAGCGAAAUAUUAUCAAACGAUUCGCCUCUCCCCGCCUGCCCCUUAAACAAUAAUCGUUCAUUUUUACGUGUAUAUACAUUAAUGUGCAUAUAGUUAUAACCGAUUUGAAUAUCAAACGGUUUACCAAUUGUUUCAAUGCGGUGAACAAAAUAUGUUUAUGUAAUUUUCAAAACGGUAUUGAAAAAGAAAUUAAAUAACUUCGGGUGUUGACCAGCUAUUAUAGACAUAGUUGCUGUCCACGGCCUUGUUCGACAUUUUAAAAGUACACCAGUCGCCCGCGCCGUAUAAUGUCAUGCAUUUGCUUACAAUAAUUUACUUCCUCUAUUUUACGACUGGUGUAGUCGUGUAUACAAUAAUGGCACAUUUUAUUAUAGGCAGUUUUAGCGGAAAUCGGUAUAUAAAAAAAAAAAAGAUAUAUUUUAGAGCAACUGGUACACCUGAAAUUUCAUAACGAAAAACUCGCAUUGCCGUAUGGAUGGAAAUUUAAUUUAUUGUAGUAUUGAUGUUAUACACACUCCAGAAGUGGUGAAUUUGCAGUCCAAUUCGUGAAAUGAGAAAUCUUUUAGUGAAACUACUGUCUUUACUAUCCCUCCUAGUCUAAAUUUAAACGUGAAAUAUCUUGCCGACCGGUUUGACGGAAAUCGAAAAUGUCAACACCGAAACGUUAUCAAAUUAAUAGGCUAUCUAUUUGUGCGGUUUUUUCAUAUAUUUGAGCCGUUUAUUUAUUAAAUAAUCAAAAAAAAACCUUUUCGGAAAAAAUUAUAUCAUAGGCAAUUUACCGCGCGUUUCAAAUAUCAAAAUGUAUAAUAUUAGGUACCUAUACAAUUUUCCAAUCGUCUUAUUAAUUAUUAUGAAUAAUUGACUUUUUCUCAAGUGAAUAGAAGAAUUGCAAAUUGAAACCAUAUUCGCCCCCUCUUCCACCACAUUAGAAUUGUCCCGACCAUGUCACUAAUGACGCCAACGAAACAUUAUUAUAGUACCUGCUUUUGUAUUUCUAAUUAAUGCACCUAUUAUGUAUAAUUUAUAAUGUUUUCGUCUGAUUUCAGGUACUGAAAGUCGACGACAUAACUUGCACCAGGGUCUACAAACCAAUCCAAUAAGUACAAUUAUCGUAUACUAACAUACGAUGCAUUACUUAUAUACUUGCCUACCUAAUAUAAUACACCUAUACUAUGAUACAGAUCUUUUGCGACCUAUCCGAAAUUUGGCUUACUAAAUAUAUCUUAUGAUAAUAUAAAAUAUAUUAUAAUACUUACUAUGAUUAAAACCUACAAUAAUAUACACAAACUAUAUUUAUUUAAUUUUAAUU